GGAAGGCAGUGACAAACAAAGAGCCGUUGGAUCAACUUACCAGUCCCAGCGAAAAACAAUUGCAGCCCUGGAGCGCCUGCGACGAAACUCGAAAGCUACGUUCGGCUAAGCUGCCAUAGUCCUUGGAUCCACUCAGAGAGCCUGAGCUUUGUUGGAAGCAGCAUGGCGGAUGAACCUAAUUCAGUCAGAGCAAAUGAGAAAAAUCUUGAAUGUAAUAAUUGCAAGAAGCGGGAAGGGGAAUUUGAGGACUUUGAUUUGAAUCUAAAGAAGUCGAGAGCCAAAGCAGUGAGUGUUGAAAAUGUGGAGAAGGCAGAAGAGACCCUUAAUGCUUUGGAUCCUGCUGGUGGUCAAGUAGAUCAUAUAUCAGAUGUUUCAAAUGAUGGAGCCAAGGACUUUCGGGUAUGUAACCAAAAUGGUUCUUCUGAUGGUACGCGAGGUGUGAGGGAGAUGGGUUUUGUCAUUGAAGCAGAUGCUGCGGAAGAUAAGGGUUCUAGGCACACAAUGGAGGAUGCUUGGGUUUUGCUUCCAGAUGCAAGCUUGGAGUUUCCAGGGAAACUAAGAUGUGCACAUUUUGCAAUUUACGAUGGACAUGGAGGUCGGUUAGCUGCUGAAUAUGCACAGAAACAUUUACAUGUAAAUGUUCUUUCAGCAGGCUUACCACGUGAGUUGUUGGACGUAAAAGCUGCUAAAAAGGCUAUAGUUGAUGGCUUUCGGAUAACCGACAAGUCACUUAUUCAGGAAAGUACUGCAGGGGGAUGGCAGGAUGGUGCUACAGCUGUAUGUGUUUGGAUAUUAGGACAAACUGUUUUUGUUGCUAAUAUUGGAGAUGCAAAAGCAGUGGUUGCACAGUUACCAAAUGCUGAUGGAUUGUGGAAACAUGAAGAUCAUGUCAAAUCAUUAAAAGCCAUUGUCUUGACGAGAGAACACAAAGCCAUUUAUCCACAAGAACGUGCUCGCAUUCAAAAAGCUGGUGGCGUGGUGGGUUCAAAUGGAAGAUUACAGGGGCGGCUUGAAGUUUCUAGAGCCUUCGGAGAUCGCCAGUUCAAGAAGUUUGGUGUUGUUGCAAUCCCAGAUGUUCAUUCUUUUGAUCUUACAGACAGAGAGUGCUUCGUUAUUCUUGGUUGUGAUGGCCUGUGGGGAGUUUUUGGACCAAGUGAUGCUGUUGAUUUUGUUCAGAAGAUGUUGAUAGAGGGCCUACCCGUGUCAACUGUGAGCCAUCGUCUUGUAAGAGAAGCAGUUCGUGAACGGCGCUGCAAAGAUAACUGUACUGCAGUUGUUAUAGUCUUCAAGCGCAUGUAAGCAUCAAUCCAAAGAGGAAAUUCUUUCUAUCAGAUAGCACUAGCAAGGAUUUUCCAUAUUUAAUUUUUACACUAAGAGUGUCAUUGAAAGCAUGAAUGCAUUUUCAAAAUGCCCUGUAACCACAGCUAAAUAAGACAGUGCUCUGAUUUGGCAUAGUCAAUUGGGCAAUUCUCCAACAGAUGAACUGCCUAAGUUUACCUGGGUAACCACAAUCUACCGUAUUUGGAAGGCUAGAGACAAGAUUCUAUAUAAAGGGGCAGAGUAGAACUAUAAUAUUUAUGGCUGAUCAAUCCAUCCAAGAUGUUAAAUCAAUAUCUCAAGCCUCUGGAAUUUCAGUUUGUAAAGAUACUAUGUACUAAAACACUCUUGUGCAUUCCCUCUAUUCUUCAUAAGAUUCUUAUCAUUUUCCAAAAACAAAUUACCCACUCUAUUAACUGCAUCACGGCUCCCACGAUUUUUAUAUUGAUAUUGGCCUUUCCAAA